CCCACUAUAAUUAUCCAUUUCCGAACGAUCUUUUUGUUGAUGUUCCUUCUACCGACUGCUAAAGCCAUGGCGGUCGUCACCACCGCUUCCAGCUUAGCGCUCCACUGGCCCAUGUUAGUACCGCCUCUAUCUGUAAACCCUAACCGCAGUUCAACCUCCUUCUCUCCGAAAUCAACUCUCUCCUGCAACUUCUUCACUCCCUUCCCCUACGGCAGCAUCUCCGCUGACUUCUCCGGCCACAAACUCCGUCCCUUGUCUCUCAAUCCGGCGUCGUUUCCUCGCUCCAAGGGUAAGCGAGGCGUCGUCACUAUGGUUAUUCCAUUUUCAAGGGGAAGUGCAUGGGAGCAACCUCCUCCGGAUUUGGCAUCUUACUUGUACAAGAACCGGAUUGUUUACUUGGGCAUGUCCCUUGUACCUUCUGUCACAGAGUUGAUACUGGCAGAAUUCUUGUAUCUUCAGUAUGAAGAUGCUGACAAGCCUAUCUAUCUAUACAUAAACUCCACUGGAACAACCAAGGGUGGCGAGAAGUUGGGUUACGAGACUGAGGCUUUUGCGAUUUAUGAUGUUAUGAGGUAUGUCAAGCCACCUAUAUUUACUCUCUGUGUUGGUAAUGCCUGGGGAGAAGCAGCUUUACUUUUGGCUGCUGGUGCCAAGGGGAACCGUUCUGCUUUGCCCUCGUCAACAAUCAUGAUAAAGCAGCCAAUUGCCAGGUUCCAAGGUCAAGCAACUGACAUUGACCUUGCAAGGAAAGAAGUAAAAAAUGUCAAGGCAGAGUUGGUUAAUCUCCUUGCAAAGCAUGUUGGAAAAUCGCCUGAACAGAUUGAAGAUGACAUCAGGCGCCCAAAAUAUUUUAGUCCUAGUGAAGCAGUGGAAUACGGCAUCAUUGAUAAGGUACUAUACAAUGAAAGGAGUUCUAAAGACCGUGGAGUUGUCUCAGACCUGAAAAAGGCGCAACUGAUUUGACUCUCAUAAAGCAUGGAUUUAUUAUUGUGUGGAAUAUUGAGAUCGAAGCAUACAAAAAUUAGGUUCUAGAUAUAGGAGGAGCAAGUUGCUCAGUAUGCGAAGAAAGGCUAAGCAUAAAGAAGAAAGUAGCAAACACCCAUGGAAAUCCCAUCAAAGUGGAGAAACUCAACCAUUGGCAAUGCAAAUUAUAUGAACACCCCCAAGGUACCAUUGGUAUUCUUGCCUGAUCAUAUCCAUGUUGAUGUCAAACAUUGUAGCUCAAGCUUGCCGAUGUGUAAAAACGAGUUUUCAUUGUGCUUUUCAUUAUUUGUUGACUUGGUGAUGUGAAAUGAGUAUUGGACAAGGCAUAGCUCACAUUGUUUCCUAGUUAACAUAUUUGGCACAGAAAAA